AAAUUGUUAUGCCAACAUUCUACGAAGAACAUUCAGAAAAUGCUCAACCUGAAGAUCAAACUCUACUCCAAAAGCUUCAUCUUUUUGUAUAUGAUCGCUGGAAAAGCUUGUUGAUUGGAGGAAUAUCUCAAAUUUGUAUCAUCACCUCAGUUGUUCUACUUACAUAUUUUCUAGCAAGGCAGCCAACAUGUGAAGCAGUUUUCGCAACAAGUUCUACUAGUACUCUGCAAACCAUGACAACUUCAGACUCACUAUCUUCACAUACGAAACCUGAUACAACAAUUAUAUCCACCAGGACGUUGCCCAUUUCCAGUACUAUGCCGACGCACGCUUCGGAUAACGUAACUUGUGCGGUUGGCUUCACCUACGUCAAUAAAAAGUGCUGGAAGUUGAUCACUGGCCCACAACGCAGAGCAGAUGCGGACGAGGCUUGCAUGAACCUCGGUGGAUCUACACUUUUCUCAAUCCGAAGUGAUAUAGAAAAUCGAGCUCUGGUGGAUUUCGUGAAAGACAAGCGAAUCGAGAAUCUGUGGACUGGGUUGAUCUGUGUUGGGAAGAACUCAUUUUCGUGUACUUGGGAUGUGAAUAGUGGAACAGCAGCCGUGUACAAUAACUUUGCUGAAGGUUAUCCAAAUAACGUGUAUGGAGAUUGCAUUCACUAUAUGACUACUGGAACGCAAGCUGGACAAUGGGCAAGCGGAUCCUGUAACGAGACUAUGAGCUUUGUGUGUGAGCUACCAGCUACGAUUUAUGAUGACACCUGCGACUACAACUACGACAGGUACUGCUACACGCCUCAUUACUUCAUAAAACACUCGAGUGAGGCUCAGCAAUUCUGUGCAGGAUUAUGUUCCAACUCGGUAUCGAUUCAUUCGGGAAACGAGAACCGAUUCGUGCUGACACUCUACUUAUACACAAACUCGUCAAUUUUAAUUGGUGGAAUUGCUCCAUCUUACGAUUUUGUUCUUUGGUAUGAUGGGACACAAACGACUUAUAAUAAUAUCGACUCGAUUGCGAAUGGAAAUUGUCUUUACUUGAAUGACCUGAACACUCGAGGAAAUUGGUUUGGGCUCAACUGUUUGACAAGCAGGAGUUGGUUCAUUUGCAAGAGAAGGAUCGGUGAAAAUUGCUAG